AUGGAGUUUGUGACCGGCUACCGGGCCGAGAUCCUGGACUUUGCCGAGCUGCUCUUCGGCUGGUACCAGCGCUUCCUGCUGGACGCGGCCUGCCGCCGGGGCAGCGAGCGGCGCAAGAGGCAGGAGAGCGCCAUCCGCCGCCUGCCGCCCGACCCGGCCCUCUGGAUCCUGCACCUGCUGCCCAACCGCCGCCUGGCCUUUGCGGUGGCCGACCCCGGGCAGCAGCUGGGCGGCCGCUUCUACAGCGAGGAGGCGCUGGCACUGCCAGACCUGGAGCGCUUCAUCACCUUCCCCCUGUGGCGUGUUGAGCACCUCCUACUGGUGACCGACGAAUAUGGCACCAUUCUGGGCUUUGACUUCCUGCUGGGGGGCUCCCUGGGGGCAGCUGGGCAGGAGCCCCUGGAGCCCCGGGCCCUCGCCUUGCUCUGCUACAGCAUGUUCUGCCCCCUGGGCGCUGGGGAGCCCCGCCGGCCGAAGCUGCUGACAGUGGGAGACCCCGCUUUGCACAAGUCCCUGGAGCCCCUGCUUGCUCGCCUGGGCAUCAAAAUGAGCAAAGGGCCGAUGCGGGGCUGGGGCCCCAAGCCCACCUUCUCCUUCCCCACCACACGGGUGCGGGCCUGCCACGUGUGCAAGCGACACAGUUUUGAGGGCCAAAUCUCAGCCUGCCAGCACUGCCGCGCCGUCUUCUAUUGCUCGGAGAAGUGCCGGAAGCUGGACUGGACCCGCAGCCCCGAGGACAUCGGGCACCAGUUUUGGUGCCAGCGCAUGGCUGGGUACAUGAGCCACGCCAGAGAGCUCGCCAACCUCCCCUUCACCUUUACUGCCGAGGUGACCAGCGACACCUUCAACAAGGAGGGCUUCCUGCUGGCACGAGGGCUGACCCGGGGAUACUGGGUCGCGGAGAGCAUGCUGGUGAGGGCCCCCGACUACGGGCUGGGGCUGCAGAAGGGCUCCGCCAAGACCCCCGUGCCCUUCCUCCGGAGUGGGGCAUUCCAGGGGAGUCGGACCCCUGCCCUGUCAUGUCCACAUGGAAACCCCUUUGAGGCACUCAGGCCAGAAGGAGGGACGGCGCUCCCUCCAGCCCCCCCAGAGCCCCCAACGCCCCGGACAUUCUUUGCAUCCUGGAAAGAAUACUACCAGUGGCGGGGGCUGCCUCUUGGGGCCCCCCUGGCCGUGCUGCUGACCUACCCCCUCACUGCCUACUACAUCAUCACCCAGCUGGCCCCCCAGCACUUUCCAGAGCUAAACAUUUUGAACAAACAGUCCCUCAAGAUCCACGUGGUGGAGGCCGGCAAGGAGUUUGGUGUGCUGAUGGUGUUCUGGGAGCUGUCAGUGCUGCUCCCUCACGUUUCUCUGGAGCUGCUCUUUGUGGGGGACACGUUGCCCCCCGAGUUGGACGGCCAGCAGUUCCUUUUGCAGAGAGAUGUGAGUCUGCCUCCCCUCUAGCAGGGGGUUUCCGUCCAGCCCGGCUUGGGCCCCAGGGCCAGAGGGGGCCGCCGGGAGCUGCAGCUGGGCUUCAGUGCCCACCCCUACCACCUCCUGCAGGCUGCCAAGCCGGACCUGGUGAUUGGGUUCAACGCCGGCUUUGCCCUGAAGGAGACCUGGCUGAGUGCUUUGCCGCGACUGCAGUCCCUCCGAGUGCCGGCCUACUUCACCGAAUGCAGCGCCUACAGCUGCGCCGUGGAUGAGGCCGCGGUCUCCAUGGCCACGGGGGGCAGUGCGAGCCCCGCCCAGGUCAAUCCCUUCCGUUCGCCCUUCCGACAAGCAGGCAUUGACAAUGCCAUGCCCUGGUACUGCAACGCCUUCAUUUUCCACCUGAUCUACAAGGCCUCGGCCAGCAACCACCGGCAGAGCUCGGUGCCCCCUCCGCAGCCGCUCCUGGCCAGCGGGAACCUGGAGCCGCCCGAGCCGGCCCGCAGCCGGCGCAAGGACAAGCGGCAGAUCCGAGCAGCGGGACGCCGGCGCAAGUGA